AAGUAUUGGAGUGUUAUAGAGCUACUCUGCGCAGUUAAGGCCUGGGUCAGGCACUGAUAAGAUUAGGCAUUCCGGAAGUGAAAUUUUUUCGAAAUAUUUUUAUCCGCAUAAUUAGAACACAGUUCGUGGCACAAAGUUGUAGAGGACUUAAAGUGUUGUUGAAGGACCUCAAAACGCUUUCUGGGGUUAUCAAAGGUGCUGAUUAACGAGGCACUAAUGUCCGAUGUCUAAGGUCUGUACCUGUGGCACAAGACUGUAUAUAGACGACUCAAGUGUUGUUUAAAUUAAAAUUAUCAAGGGUGCUGAUCAACAAGGCACCAAUGUCUGAUUUCAAGGAUCUGUACCCCACCCUGACGUCUGUGGGGCUAACGUCUGAGCGUCUCUUGGCAGUAGCAGAUGAUUCUGACCAAGGAUCAGAUAUUGAAGCUCUCAAUGUGCCUGCAUCACAUAUAACAAACCAGUUUGUUUUGGAGCUGUAUAACUUCAUGAACAGAAAUUCGCCCUGCACUUUCUAUGUGCUGUGGUGUUGGAUGUCAUCCUUGUUUUCAGCCAAACGCGAGCAAGAAGAAUUUCCUACCAUCAAAUCGAUUCGGCAAAGUGUGCUUCGCUUGUCUGCAAAGUUUAUGAACCUAAAGAAAAUGCCAUCCUCCAGUGACAAGGUCACCAUGAUUGCUGAGUUUAAGGCUCACUUAUACUCCUUACCUCGGGUCUUUGUUUCACAAGGCAAAGUUGUUGUUUCCACUGAUACUGGUGGUGAGGGCAGUAGUUGCUCAUCAUGUGCAGAAAUGAAGAAUGUUGUAAAACAAUCAAGACAGAAAAUGUACGCUGCUUGAAGGAAUGGACAAAAGCGAACUAAAAGGAGAGAUGAUACUAUUAAGGAUCAGGCCCAAGAACUCAAGAAAGACAAGAAAGCUAUAGACAUGCUCCAGAAACAGGCCACUAAGAGUGCCAAACAAGUGACUUCACUCAAGGCAAAGGUUGAUCGACUGAGACACCGGGCUUCCUAUUGGAAAUCAAAGUUCUCAGAAAUCAGUGGAGGUGAAAACUGUGAGGAACUGGAUGAACUAGAACGAGAGUACGGACAGAAACAGAAUCUACUUGUAGAAGAAGUCAGGAAGCUUGAAUAUGACAAUGCUGAACUAAAGGACAAAGUUGAUGAAGUGAUGUCAGACAAUAUUGUCACAUUCGAAGGGGGGAAAUACACCAAUGAUGUCCGUGCUUGUUGUUAUGAAUUGCUUUCGCUUAAUGUUGGUGUCAACAAUGUCCGGUCAGUGAUUGAGAGUGUACUGACAAAUCUAGUGCACAAGAAAGCUGACCGUCUACCCAAAAGAACUGCAGUCUGCCAGAUGAUGCUCGAGUGCUUGACAGUCGCUCAAGCACAACUAGGUGAACAACUGGGCUCUGAAGAUGGUGAGCACUACACACUACAAACUGAUGGUACGACCAAGCAUGGCCACCAUUUUUCCACAUUUGAUCUGGCCACUUCAGAAGAAACAUACACUCUAGGGCUGCGACACGUGUUUUCAGGGUCAGCACAGACAACAUUGGAUACUUUCCGAGAGAUUCUUGAUGACUUAGAUGUUGUGAGACAGGAAAUUGGGCAGUCGAGCGUGUCAUCAAAGAUAGUAUAUAAGUUGAAGAACACCAUGUCUGAUCGACAUGCUGCCGAAAAGCUCUUCUCUACUCUGUUAUCUGAUUACCGAGCUAGUAUCCUACCUGACAUUGUGGACAAUUGGGACGAUAUGACUAGUGGGGAACAAGAACAACUUACCCGGAUGAAUAACUUUUUUUGUGGGUUACAUUUUCUGAUCGCCUUAGCAGACUCAGCAGAAGAGACACUAAAGGUAUGGGAGGCUGCAAACAGUGAGGAAGAAAGCACCCCAAAUUCGAGGAGCUCAGGAACACAAAGGCUCAUACGGACAGCAUGCAAAGCAUUCCACCACCGCGGGUCUGAACAGUCUGGUUGCUCCACUCAUUUCAGAACCUUCUUACGACAGAAUGGAAUAGCAAGGCUACCACUAGCUUCCUUUAUUGGCAAUAGGUUUAACAUUCUAUUCUAUGAUGCUGCAGGAGUGUUCUUCUUGAAGUCACACAUGACAGAAUAUUUGUUGAAAUACCAUGGGGCAAAUCUCAACCUACUCCUGCAAGCUGUUCUGAAAGACCUCAAGUCACCACUUCAUAUCGCAGGGUGCAAAGCUUUGGGAAUAAUUGACAAGUUGGUUAGUGGUCCUUUUUGGCGCUACUUGCAGACCUCUACAUUGUCAAUCCUGAAAAUGGGUGAAGUCUAUACCAAGAUGAGAGACAGGAUGCAAAAGUGGAGUGACGACGCUCAGUGUGUUUUAGACAACGAAGCCAUUUUGUUCCCAGAGACCACAUCGUUUCAGGACGAAGUGAUGGAUGCAUUGUACGCUGAGACAGAGAAUGAUGCACUAGUUCAGGAGUUGCUUCAAUUGUUAUUUAAGAGCUUUGCCCUAACAAUGGAACGACUAAUGCCUGACCACUUACCUGGAGGUGAAUUCCAUGCUGUAUCAGAUCCUGUCAUUAUCAUCAGUACCUUUGAGUAAUGUAAUGCCAGAGCGGGAUUUUGCCCUUCUCGACAGGUUCAUGGGUCAAAAACCAAACGCUACUUACAUUGCACUGGAGUCUAUGAUCUUAUUCUCCCAGAACAAGACAUCUGCUUGGCUCAGACAGA